AUCGUCAUCAUCAUCGGAAGGAGAAGAAGAACGAGAGUUCAUGUUCUGCAACCUACCAUGGCCCCAAACGACUUUCCGGUGGUGCACUACCCUGAGCGGAACCAGCUCGAGCCGUACGUUACUGCGGUUGUCACCGCUGUCGUUCUUCUGUUCCUGCUGUUGCCGCUUACGAUCCAGCUCCUGCAGAUUAAAGUGAUAGCCAGCAAGCGUGCCUCGCAGCAGCGACAUCACUUGGAUAAGCUCCGCGCGCAGCGCAUGGAGGAGAAACAGCCGCCAGUCGACAAGAGCGCCAUGUACCUCUGCUCGUCGGCAGCGUGCUUCGAUACCGGCCGCGAAAUCUCGGACCUGAUCAAGUACGAGAGGGCCCCCUGCAAGAAAGCCGACGCCUUUCUGUGCCAGACGAGCAGCCGCCCUUUCCAGGAGACCCAGAGGCUGUUGCUCUGGCAAGAGAUGCUGAGAACCCUUCACGAUUUCAGCCGUUCAGCCGACCCGUUCUUGAAGAAGAUAUACUCGCAUUUCCACGUCUGCAGGAGUCACGCUCCGUCCCCGUCGAGAGAGGAGGUCUCCCUGCCUGAGGUGGCGCAGAAGCGCAUCCCGCAGCCGCUGGGACUGGCCGAGUGGCCGGUGGUGUCGAACGCCGCACUGCCCCGCGUCUCCUUCUCGGCCGCCAAACUGGCGCAGAUCUACGGCAGCUUCCCGCUCGUGAGGAUCGCUCUGCAGGUCAAGGAAGGAAAGCGCUACAUACAGGUGACAGAGCCGGACACCAUCCGUGACAUGUUCGAGAUGGACAAGUACCGUUACAAGGAGGAAGCGCUGCUCUUCUUCCUGCAGAAGCUGGCUCAGGGCCCACCGGACUCUGAAGACGCCAAGAAUCCACGCAGUUACACGGCAGUGCUACGCAGAGCUCUGGACAUUGAGGCCAAACUGACGCAAAUGAAGCACUCCGACGAAGAGAUAUGCGCCGCUCCGGAUUUAGCAGUGCGCAGCAUCAAAGACAUUGCCGACAGCGAAGUGUGGGACUGGGAGGAGUUUUUACGCAUUGUCUUGAAGGAUAUUUACGAGGAACCCGUCACGCCUAUUACCAUCGUCCUCUUCAAGAAACGAUUCGUCGACAAUCUGAUGGAGCUCCUUCGGAAGACAAACAUGACGGACGCGAUGACGUUCCUGGUGAUGCGUGGCGCACUGUCCCUGCUUCCGGCGGCCGUUGGCGAAGUCCGAGACGAGCCGUUCGUGCAAGACGUGCUGGCACUUCGCUACGGCGGCCGCGUCGAGCACUUCUGCGCCGAGGGCACCUUCUCGCUCUUCCGCUUCCACUUCCUGGGACUGCUCGCGCAACGCAUCUCGAACGGCACCGCGCAGAAGACAAUCAACGACAUCAAAGGCGUGUACAUACCCUCAAUGCUGGAGCUUUUCCGCAACAGCAUCGAUUCCCCUCAAGCGUACGAGACCAUUGAAAAAAAGAUGUCCGAACUACGUAUCAACCUUGGCCCCAUCGAAAGCACCUGUUUCGGAAGCAUCGACUGCGCUAAUCUGUACAAAUACGUUCCCGUUAUGCAAGAGGCUGAAAAGUAUGGUUUAAUGACGAUCGCUCUCACCAUGGUGACGCAUGUCGAGCUCAAGCUCACGAAAGACCAACCAGGAUGGAGAGAUGUAACCUUUGGUACAACAGGCAAAGUGGCGUUCGGCACAAAUAUUCUAUACCUGCCGGUCCAUCUUGUUAACUCUGAAUUUAUUGGUGAAGAAAGCUUUAUGCACAUAGGCACGUUCGGAAAGGCCAUCAUCGAAAGCCUCCUUCCAGCGUUCCUUCAUGAAGGCUUGACCUUCUACAGGAGGGGAGGCUUCAGUUCCCAGAUGGAUGUGACGACGAACUCUCGGUGGAACCUAUUGGCCGAGUGUAUAGGGAGAGGAUUGCCGGGCUUCAAGCGCUCACCCAACGCGACCAAUGCUUGGCCGAACAGGCGCCCAAUGAUGCAAGUACUUCGUCUGGGGGCUGCGUACAAGGCCUAUCACAAUCUCAUCAGUAGGCUGAAAGGAAGAAGCAAGACUUCUGAAAAUUUGUUACGUCUGAGCGACUCUGUUUUCAUCGAGCCCGACCAGCUGUUCUUCGUUCUGUACGGAUGGAGCCUUUGCAAUGGAGACAGCGCUCCUGAGAGGAGCAUCGCCCGUGAACGCCCAAAUCGAUGGAGUAUUCAACACCUUCUCGAGAACAACCGGGCGUUUCAAAGUGCAUUCCGCUGCUCUGUGGUCGGCAACUCCACCGCAUGUCUUGCGAGCUUUCUAUGAUGCCAAGACAGCCGAAGAUCUCAAGUCCCAGAAUACGAGAGGGUUCGGCGAUAAAUGUUAACUGCUUGAAUUUCAUCAAAUAUACAUUGAUACUGUCACGUAACAGUUAAUCGACGAUUGUGGAGCAAGGCAUAAAAGUAAAACACAGAUGUAACUUUCUUUGUCGAGUUCGC